ACAAAUUUGAGUAAUUGCUUAUCCAGCACCAUGCUGCGUCUGAAUUACGACGAGAAUGCAGCUGUUCCAACGGGACCCCCGCCGAACAAAGGCGUCCUGCGAUCAGACAAGAAAUCCCACAAGAAUGCCCUGGGUGAUCUCAAGAAUACCAUUCACAACACACCUAUGGGGGCUAUACCCAAGACCCCAUUUCACGCACGCAUUAAGCCAAUGGCUACUAGUCCAUACAACCAAAUUCCCAAUCCUUCCUGGACCAAAAAUCCAAAGAAAUCCGUUUUAACUGAUGCUCCUCUGCGCAAAGUGCACAGCAAGAAGUCACAGAAAAAGGGUGUCCGUUUGGCCGCCGAGAUGAUUGACUACAGUGACUUCCUGCCGGAAUCAGUGUACAGAGAUGAGCGUUCUAUCACGGAUAUUUGGGCUGAAAAAAAUUGCCCGACACACGAUGAGAUUUCCAAAAUUAUUCAGGAUACCCUGCAGCAUGACCCAGAGCACCGACCAAAGUUCAUUCCGUACAAAGAUGAGCUCAAGAUGCCACCUCCAUCUCCAGCUGAUAGCUUUGAUUUUCCUUUUGAAGAUCCACAAAUGUUUCCAAUGGAUCUCCUCGACGUGAACUUUUCCCAGCUCAAUAUGAAUGAGUGAUCUGAAGGGCCUCCAAUUCCUAUUAUUCCAUCAGUUUUCUUGCUUUAUUUAAAUUUAUCUUAUCAAAUUCCAAUAAAAUGAAUUAAUCAAUAA